AUGACCCUUCGCCCAAAAUCACAUAAUAAGAGAUCUCUUAGACAGUAUAACAAUGCUCAUGAAAAAAAAGCUGCUGAUAUUCGUCGAUCACUUACCAGACGUGCAAAUAUGCGAAGGAAAUACUUUAAAAUGCUAGAAAGAGAAGGAGAAAGUGUUACAAAAAAAUCUAAUUUAAAGGAAAGCAUCAAUGAUAAUGAAGAGAGCGAAAAAAAAGACGAUGAUACCAAAGAACAAAAUAAUGAGAGUAGUGUUAGUAGUGGUGAGGAAAGUGAUGAGGAUGGUGGGUUUUUUGAAGAAAACCCCCAAAAAUCUCGCUAUACCCCGAAAACUCAGAAAAGAGAUGAAAAACACGAAAACGACAAAAAGAAAGCUUUGUCUCAUACUGAAAAACUUGAACUAAUUAAAGAACGUAAGCGACAAAAACGAGAACAGAUGGAUCAAACAAUGCGCCAAAAAACGGAGGAUCGUGAACGCAAAGGAAAAGCUCGGCAGAAGCAUAAGGAAAUGAUGAAUCAAUUUACUAGAAGAGGUCAACCAAAAAUGGGACCUCGGAUAACACGACUAUUGGACCAGAUUAAAGAUAUGCAGUAA